AUGACGCACGCGAUCCGCUUGUAUACAGCAGCGCACAACCUGCUCCCCGACGAGCCCGUCUUCCUCUCAAACAGAGCAGCUGCGCACUUUCAGGCGGGAGACUAUGCCGCCAGUCUGGCAGACGAUGCAGCCGCCCUCGCACUGCUGAAUGAGCGUCGGGUUGGGGGGCUGUAUGAUGACGUCAGUGCUGCUGACGUCACCAGGGCGCUCCAGCUGCAAGAGAAGGUGCUGAACCACGCGCGGCGCGCGGCCCUGCAGAGGAAGGACUGGGGUGUGUGCAAGAGCUUCUGCGAGAGCCUGGAGGAGGUGGAGGCGCGCGUGGGGCACGACGAUCCGGACGGGCUGAUUCAAGUAGGAGCGCUCCAGCCCAUGGCCGUUCCGAAGCUGGCCGAGGGAGAGAAGCUGAGCCUGCGUCUGCUGUUUGGCGCCUGCGGAGACCCCCGCCACGUCAUGCAGAGCUUCAACGAGCUGGAGUCGCUCCUGUCUUCUGCUCGCCCACAGAUUAAGAGAGCGUCAGACGAGGCUCACAAAAGCGACGGCAAAGAGGAGGACGCGAUGUGGGCGGGCGUGUCUCUGGAGUGCACCAUGAACGACCUCGACCUCCGCGUCCUCGCGCGCAACGUGCUGCUGCUGGUGCUCCUGAGGGGCGUGGGCGCGCGCGAGGGGUGCUCGCAGGACGGGGGCGCAGUGCUGGAGAAGCUGCGGGCGCAGGUCCAGUUCUGUGAGGCCAUGCUGCAUGGCUUCCAGUCGAUGCAAGGGCGCGAUAUGGAGGAAGUAGCGGACGAGCUCAUGGCGAAGUACACGGGAGAGUGGGAGGGGACGCAUCCUGGGCGGGACGAAUCGGAUUUCACCGAGAGCUUUAUCCAGGGCACCCACUCCACAGAACAAGACGUCCUGUCCGGCGAGCUGCUCUACAAGGUGUGGCUCAGCUGCAACCUGACGUCCGCAGAGUCCGACGCGUUGGCUGCCACGCUGGCGUCCCUCCUCGAGGCCUCCACCUCGCUGGCCACGUGGCAGAGCGACCCGCGGCUUCGUUGGAUCGAGUUCUGCUCUGAGGAGGACUUAGCCGCGUUGCGGCCCAUUUGGCGCGCCUGGUUUGACUUCGGGCGGACCAAGGGGGAGUCGGCCGGACCGGAGGGGUUUGAGGGGGCGAAGCUGCGGCACAUGGUGCGCGCCUUGAAGAGCGACGCACCCAGGAUGAUGUUUCCAAUGAUGAAUAGCGUGACAGAGGCCGCGAAGGUUGAGAUGGACAGCUGGCGAAGGACGGGGCUGACGGCGUCGUAUGCUGACGUCAUGGCAGGCAGGACGGGGCUGGAGGGCAUGGCCGUCAACCCGACCAUGCUCCAUGAGAUCACUCCCGACGGCGGGUUUGUGGCCAAGAAGCCGAACGACCACCCCUGGACUUUCGCCCCCGAUGCGUUCAUCCAUCAGGACGGCGUCUUCCUGGUCGUGCCGACUUUGACGGACCUUCUGGCGCUCGCGCGGCUCACGAGCCGCGGCGCGGACGUCCGCGUCCGCGUGCUGCCCGGCAUUAUCUGCGAUGACGCGCGCACGCGCGCGCGGGACGGCGAACUCCCCUUUGACCGCAUUCACACCACCAACAUCAUCGACUACGUCGGCCCGCUCAAUCUGCUGACGUCCGUGGGGUCCAAGCUGAGGCAGGGGUGUCCGCACUCGGCAAUGAAGAUGAGGGUCUUGCUCAACCCGGGACUUUACCUCAAGAGCGGCAGCCCGACGCGCGCCUUCGACCUCGACUAUUAUCUGCAAAGGGAGCUGCUCCUGUCGCGCGAGGAGGUCUCCAACGUCAUCGGUUACGACGUGGUGACGUCAGCGGAUAGGUUCUCGGAGCCCACGUACCUGCUGCCCACCGAGGGCAGGCUCUCGGAGAGUGCCAGGUUGUCGGAGUGGCUCGGCCAAACGCUCGCGCACAUCGCGCUCCCCCCGGUGUCCGAAGAGCCUCGCCGGGGGGGCUGCUCGGCGCUCGAACCGAGGGGCCCCACGGUGGCCACGUUCCUGAACCUGCUCGCGCACCUGGUGGAGACGCGCGGCGUUCUCCCGCACUGGGUCGCCGAGCGCCUAGAACGCCUCCUCCUGAUGACGACUGAGCUUUGGCACGCCGAGCUUGUGGUCGUCACAUCCCUGUACCUCCCAGCCCUGCCCUUCUUCCCAGCGUCCCCGGCCCUGCUCCCAGUCCGUUCUCUGACGCGCCAGACCCUGCACGUGCCUUUCCUUUCCUGGGCUGUAAGAGACAGCCCAUUCUUGGGGAACCCGCAGCUCGCGCUCCUGGUGAUUGCGCCCGAGGAAAUGGAUGGGUUGAUAGACGAAGCGGGAAUCUCAGGCGGCGCGCUUCGAAGGCUGCUAACGAAGUGGCGUGGUAGGGUCCACUUGUUCUCGAGCUUCACCGUGAGCAAGCCAGACGAGGAUUUCGUGAGCAGUGCGGAGAUUUGGCUCCCAAGGGAGUGGGUCGAUGAGGGGACCUGGAGAGCCAUCAUGUUGCGAGCCGACAGGUAUGAGUUUGUGACCGACUUCUUAGCAAUCUAGAUGGGCAGACUCGGCAAGGGUAUCGUCGAGGUGUCUAUGCUCUAUAAUCUAGAUGUCCAAAGGGCGUAUAGACGACAGACUAACGACAGCGUCGAGCGGCUAAGGAUUCAAUGAAGUCGGUCCUGUUCUUUGACUGAAUAGAAGCUGGGGCAAGGUAGAGUCCAAGAGAUAAGUAGCGACUUUGAAGAUUUUGGUAAGGUCGAAGGCCCGGGGCGAGCGGAGGUGUAGUGCUUACAUGUUGAAACGGUCGCAAGCUUAUUCACACUGUCGUGGAACACUAGCUGUGCUUCCCUGUAAUGGGAUGCAACUAAGAACCCAGAUUAAGUG